UGCUGACACUGAAUUAUGAAAAUAUUAGCCCGUACAUCUCUAAAUAAACAUGUUUCAUAUCACUUCAUUAAGGCUUUAUAGGGGCAUGUACCAAAUGUAGUUAGAAACAUGAUUGUUAUAUUUCACUCAAUCAUUGGCCAGCUGCUACAAUAUAUUCUUACCUGCUAAAGACGUAGCCUCUAUCCUGGCUUUAUUGACACAAAACAAAGAGAUAAAGUCACUUACUGCCACCUACUGGUUGGAGUCUGAACAAAGUGGAAGUGGAAUGUGCCUGCUUGUUUACAUUUCGUUCUGUUUUUACCAUAUAUGUAAAUGUCUAUUUUGCCAGUGAGUUGUACGACCACAGUUGUUGAUUGCGCUUUGAAUGUGCGAACUUAUUUUUAGUACGCAUGGCAAUUGGCAUGUUUAGUAGGCAUGUCGGGCACCAUACCAUUUGAAUCAUUGUGGUAGCUUGCCUUGCUGUGUAGCCUACUGUAAUGAGAAUUGAGAGAGAUCCAUUCCACGUUGAACCGACAGAAAUAACUGUAAAUGGACCGUGGAGGAAGAGGACGUGGAGGAAGAGGGAGGCGAGGUAAUCGUGUAGAGGACAAGGAUGUCCGCCUCUCCAAGUCUUUGUCCUUUGCACUGCGCCAUGGAGCCAAUCAAAUGGGACUUCACAUGAAUCCUGAUGGCUUCCUAUUUGUGGAGGACCUACUGGCUCAUGCACAGUUCCACGCCUUCUCAUUGGAGGACGUGGAGAGAGUUGUGGCCACCAAUGACAAGCAGCGAUUCAAGCUCCGCCCUCACCCUGAGGACGGACGGCUGCAGAUCCGAGCCAAUCAGGGACACUCUGUGCAGGUGUGUGAUCUGGACCUGAAGGCUGUACAGCAUGGUUCUCCUGAUUGUCCCAGGGAGGGAAUCCAUGGCUCCUAUCUCCGCAACUGGCCCUCCAUCCGCUCCGAUGGCCUCAGCCGCAUGAACAGAACACACAUACACCUGGCCAUGGGCCUACCGGGGGAGGACGGGGUCAUCAGCGGCAUGAGGAGAGACUGUGACCUGGCCAUAUUCAUUGACGUCCCCAAAGCAUUGUCUGAGGGUAUCCAGUUCUUCUGGUCGGAGAACGGUGUAUUGCUGACACCUGGGGACACUGAGGGGAAACUACUUCCCCGAUACUUCAGCCGUGCCCUAAAACUAAGACCCACACAGAGUAUUCUGCCACUGGAGUAGGUGAAGAGGGUUAUCUGUGCUUUGGAGGUAAAGACUUGGCUGAAUUUGUCACCAGACGGCUGUUGAUUUCCAGUUCUGUCUAGACUGUUUACUGGUAACCAAUACUGUUCAGGACCAGAACCCUGAAGACUCUGGGUGAAUAAGACUGAGACUGAAAACACCGUCAACAACAACUCAACAACAGCUCUAAUACCAUACAGGACACAGUACAGGCACAGAGACUGACUGGUGUUCCUGAUAACAUUGUCACAUGACAAAGACCCAGAGGAUGCUAUCAGAUGGGAACCAACAGGCACAAGCUGUGGGUUUGCCAACGGACAGUCUCAACUGCUCCACAGAGAUACACACACACUGCCUGCGUCUUCCUGUGCCGUCAGUCACAUUUCAGGAAACUCUGCCACCAUACUCUUAAGAACACAACCAUCAAGCCAAAUGCCUCAUCUGGAAAUUAUAACACCUGUCAACUGUUUUAUAUAUGUCAAUAAACAUAUUUAAUUCUGGAUUUCAGAAUUGACAA